CUUAUCGAGAACGGGCUCCACAAAGGGUUAUAUUAGGGCUUGAAUUGGGCUUUCGUGAACUUCAUCCAGAAGCAUUCGUUUCUGCGGAAUAACUCACCUUGGAGCCUUCAUUAGAAGAAAUCGUAGAACCGAGUGUCUUUCGAAUCCAUCGGAAAGAGGACGAUAGACUUGUGAUUGAAGACCCAUGGAUCGUAAGAAGCAGUCCAGCAAAGAGAAAAAGCUCAAGCGGAAAGAGGAGCUAGCUAAGAAGCAGAGCAUUGAUGAAUUCGUGAGAGUUGCAAACGCCAAAGCAGCUCCCAUCGAGGAGUUUCCCUCUUUUCUCAAAUACGAAAGGAAUGGCUUGAAUUUGAUCAUGGAGGCAGGACGCGGUGAUUCUUUGUCCCCUCCAGUGAAGCAAUACGUUCAGACUCUGCUAAAGGUAAAUAUGGAGGAGCCAUAUGGUCCUGAAGAAUGGCCUGCGGAGGAGAAGAACAAGCGUCGUGAAAUGGUAUCGCCAGAUGCACGCUACAUUUUCGUCAAACAGCCGUGUAGUAACUCCACUGAAAUUCUGCCUACGGAUCGGAGUAAUAAUUUGUUAUGGAAAGGUGAAGGUGAUCCUAUUGUAGCAUUUGUUCACUACAGAUUUGUUGUGGAACAUGAAGUCCCAGCAUUAUACGUGUAUGAAAUCCAAGUGGAACAAGCUGUGCAAGGGAAGGGGCUUGGCAAGUUUUUGAUGCAGUUUCUUGAGUUGAUUGCCCGCAAGAACGGUAUGAAAGCAAUGCUCCUGACCUUGCAAAAAAGGAACGUUCGGGCUUUGGCUUUCUACACUGGGAAAUUAAGAUUCAAGAUUGCAGCAAUUUCACCAUCGAGAUGGGCGAAUACACUGAUUGGAGCUGCCAAGUCCUAUGAAAUUCUUUGCAAGACUUUUGAUCCUGAUGCGAAGUCCAUCUUAGAGGAUGGCAAUUGAUGCUAGCAGAUGAUAGGCGCAUCUAAACUGUGCCUCUUUGUAGUUGGAUCAGCUUGUCGUUGGAUAAGCUGAAUCCAUCAACAAGUUGGAAGCCUAUUUGCCAAUUCCUCAAGCUAAGUGGUGUUUGCCUCCACCCGGUCUAACUUGCGAAUGAGUUCGAGUCGAUGUGUGUAGCACAGAAAUGCCAUUAGUUCAGUGUUAGAGUAUUUGACCCGCCUCUGGAGUCGUUUCAUGUGAAAUGUGAAAUGUUUGAAAACGUUCCGCAAACGAAUCAUUUGUCAACAUUAGGUUAUAUCUGCUUGAUAAGUUGUCUUUCUAUAAUUCCAGACAAGAGGUCUUCCAGAGGUCUUCUAUGAGAUUCUCUGCAAGACUUAGACUUAUCUGGUCCUAAUCGUGAAGCUGGUGACUAGUCUGGUCCAGUUGUUUUUGAUAGCACCAUAAAUUUGCGGCUCCCUCCGGACUGCUUCAAAUGUUGAUUAUCAAACACCUCUAAACAUACAAGCGAAUACAUUAACAUG